AUGAAUAUCUCGGAGAUUUUUAUCUCAAUAGGAGGCAACAGGAAUCCCGCCGCCGCCGACUGGGAUACUAAAGGCCUCCAGCUACUGGCUUUCGGAGCAGACAACUCCAUAGCCUUGUGGAAUCCUUUGGAUCAUGGACUCCGUGGUGUUCGCUCCCUACUAAAUGGACAUAACAAGGCAGUCAAUGCAGUGAAGUUCUUUCCUACUGAGAUUUCAUCCAAAUCAAUCCUUCUGAGUGGUUCCGCCGACCACACACUCCGGAUAUGGCGAUGUCAUGGUUACCCAGAAAUCAUCUAUGAGGCAGUGAAGACUAUCACUGAACAUCAGAGCCCAAUCAUCCGCAUCGCAACCUUACCGGCGUCUGACAUCUUUGCUACCGGAGCAUCAGAUGGUACUGUCAAGAUCUGGAGGCUUCUGCAUGAUGCUGAUUUCUCUAACAUUAACGCCGAAUUGCUUCAGACAAUCAUAUUGUCACCAAAGUUUUUCCCCUUGAAUAUUGCGCUUGAGUUCCUAGACGAUUCUUCGCUUAUCUUAGCUGUAGCUGGAACAAGGAGUACAAUCCAAAUUUUCCUUUCCCGAGAUACUCAUUUUGAUCUUGUUGCAACCCUUUCCGGCCAUGAGGGAUGGAUUCGUGCGUUGGAAUUUACCCGGGAACGGAAGGGCAACAGGGAGAGCGACCUGUUGCUGGCCUCAGCGAGCCAAGACAAGUACAUCCGUCUUUGGCGCGUACACACAGGCGAAGAGUUACCUGCAGUAAGCAGUGCACUCAAUGAUCCUGCCCUCGGAAUACUUGGAAAAUCAUUAUCCAACAAGGCCCACAGGAUCGAGUCCAAAGACGCGAGGUAUUCUAUUACAUUUGAGGCUUUAUUAUUAGGGCAUGAAGAUUGGAUAUACACAGCAUCAUGGAGACAUCGGGAAGGAAAGCUACAACUUCUCUCCACGUCUGAAGAUAAUUCUCUUGCUAUCUGGGAGUCGGACCCGAAUUCUGGGGUAUGGGUCUGCGUCACUAGACUAGGCGAAAUUAGCGCACAAAAAGGUUCGACAACUGCGACUGGCAGCGCGGGAGGAUUCUGGAUCGGACUAUGGUCUCCCGAUGCCAAUACCAUUGUCUCACUAGGUCGAACUGGAAGUUGGAGAAAGUGGACGUAUUCGUCUUCGGAACAUGUGUGGGUGCAGCAGGUCGCAAUUACUGGCCACAUACGAGAAGUGAAGGGAUUAUGUUGGUCAAAAGAUGGAUCAUAUCUUCUCUCCACUAGUUCCGACCAAACAACGAGGCUCUUUACCGAAUGGAAGCGAGAGAAUAGGUCAUCAUGGCAUGAACUAUCUAGACCUCAGAUCCACGGAUACGAUCUUAAUUGCAUCGAUUCUGUGACAGAUACUCAGUUCAUUUCUGGGGCAGAUGAAAAGCUCCUACGGGUGUUUGAUGAACCCAAGGGUGUUGCCGACAUUUUGAAUAAGCUUUGCCAUAUUCAAACAACAUCUAAGGGAUUUAUCGAUGCCGCCAAUAUUCCUGUUCUUGGGUUGUCAAACAAAGCCAUCCAAGCUGUGGAAGACUAUGAACCAGCCUCUGUGACUGACGAAGACGAGCGAGAGGCUGUCGAUCCUGCCUCCUUCAUUCGGAAAUCGACUCUGGACUUUGAUCACCCGCCUUUUGAAGACCACCUUGCGCGGCACUUACUCUGGCCUGAAACCGAGAAGCUCUACGGACAUGGUUACGAAAUAUCAGCGGUAGCAACUAGUAAUGACGGUACCCUAGUAGCAACGGCAUGCCGGGCAAGCGCCAUUGACCACGCAGUAGUCCGCAUCUACGAUACCAAAGAAUGGCUAGAAGUUAAGCCCCCGCUGAAAGCUCAUUCUCUCACAGUGACCGCCUUGCAGUUCUCUCACGAUGACCAAUACCUACUCAGCGUCGGAAGGGACAGACAGUGGGCUGUUUGGAAACGUGGUACGAACUCCACUUAUAGUCUCGCGCUGUCAAACCCCAAAGGACACACCCGAAUGAUUCUGGAUACUUCUUGGGCCCCAAUUGAGCACACCUUCUUGACAGCAGGCAGAGAUAAAAGCGUGAAGAUCUGGCAGUUUUCUGGAAGCGAAGCGCAGCUUAAGACAACGAUUUCCGCAACCUCAGCAGUAACUGCGGUCGCAUGUAUUCAACACGUAAUACAAGAUCAAUUCGUGUUCGCGUAUGGCACGGACGGUGGCGAAAUAAGCAUCUGUAGUGGAUUGCCAACGGCGCUGGAGCAAGUCCAGGUUUCCAAGGUUGAUACGAAGCUAAACCCGGCUCGAUCCAUCAAUCGAAUUGCGUGGAGGCCCAACAUGGAGAACGAGAAGCAACAACUUGGGGUUGCAAGUGACGAUAACUCGGUCCGGGUGUUCGAAGUUAGUUUGGUACACAUGAUUAGGGCGUAG